UAUCUCGCUCUGCACGUUUACGAUCUCUCCUUUCCGGGCAGCCGUCGUUCACUUUGCAUCGUCUGGCCGCACACACUCUCUCUCCGUGGCCUCUUUACAGACGCCGCGGCUACACUUGCCGUGGCUGCACGCGCCAUCUCGUGCGGCACUGUUUCUCUGUUCCGUCAUAGUGUUUUCAUAGUUCAAAAGUCGGACAAUUUCGCCAACUCUUCUGGACGCCCGUGCUAUCACACCGUCACCCGCGAUGUCCGGCGUCUACGCCAAGAAUGGUCCCGACGACGUGUUUGAAGCCGUGGACAACGCACUUCCUGUCGAACUGCAGCGAGUGGCGGAAGAAGAGCUGGGAGAGACACCGGUCAAGAGGCGGAAAGCGCUGGCAAAACUGACGCGGCUCCUGCAAGUCGAACCAAAUCUCAAUGCCAAACAAGAUGCGGAAUUCCUGCUCCGGUUUCUGCGGGUCCGGAAGUACAACGUGGAGUCAGCCCUUCAGACCAUCAGGAACCACUACAGGAAUCGAGCCGCCUGCCAGUCUCUUUACCGCGAGUUCCUGCCCUGCAAAGCGCCACCGGCGGCUCGAAAGAUCGUCAUGAUACUGCCACACAAAGACGUCCACGGACGGCCAGUACUGCUUGUGAAACCAGCAAGCAACCAUUGA